AUGAGUACUGUUCUGUUUCGUAGCAGAUCUGUUGCCGACUUACAGCGUUAUUUGAGAGAAAGGGGUGUCACAUUUAGUGAUUCUAGGAAACCUGCGUUAGUAGAAGUCUGUAGUUUGGCAGAAGAGCUGAGGAUUGAGGUUGAUCCCGACGGAUUAUUAGAAGAUCGGCCUGAAGUCGUCUGUCAGAAGCUGAUGCUGAGUGACAUGUGCCUUGUGUCUCCACAACGGCUGUCUGGGACUAGCGAUCUGUCUAUCGUGCCAGUUCUGUCAAUUUUUGACAUCUACAAUUACUUAAUAACUUUCAAUAACUAUGAUCACGCCUCCCUAUGGGCAUAUCACCAGCUUGAGGGAUAUUCUAUGUUCCGAGAUGGCUAUACACGAGGUAUUAAGACGGUGCCAUAUCCCAAUACUGCCUUUGUUGCUGUGAAAGCCAAUGUGAAACCGCGGACGAAUGAUAAAGAUGCAGUAUCCAAGAUAGGCUACUACAGCUGUUGGAUCAUGAUGAAGAACAGUGACGAGGGAUCCAUUCAAUCUGCUUAUUGCAGUUGCAAAGGAGGCAUUGAUGGAUGCUGUCGACAUGUUGUGGCAACCCUCUUCGAAGUCCUUGACUUUGUACAAGACUUCAAGAAGACCAGCUGUACUUCAGGGCCAUGUAUGUGGGUUCGGCGUGCUUCUCAGGCCGAUCAACUAGGCAAACCUAUUCCUGCCUCACAACUUGAGACUUCAAUUAUGGUGGAGCCCAGCACACAGACAGCAAUGCCACUGUAUUCGCCAUUGUCUGAUGAGUAUCCAGUGCCAGAUCCUAACGAUUUCCUUGAAAAAGUGAAAACUCUUCAACCAACAGCCUGCGGAUUACGAGCCAUGUAUGACUGCUCAUAUAAAAAGAAUUGUACUUCAUCACCUCUGAGCGUCAAAACACCAAUGGAAAGAGCUGAACAAUUUAUGAAGGAACAUAUAUGUGAAAAUUUAUCUUGUAACUGUUCUAAUAUAUUUAUGUAUUAUUAUCUUACUUAUUCAGAGAAUGAAUGUGAGCAAAUUGAACAAUUAACAAGAGGUCAAUCAAAAAAUAAUAACUGGCAUCGGAUGAGAAAAUGA